AUGUCCUAUUACAAUCAAGGUCCUCCGCAAGGCCCACCAGGCGGCUAUCAACAGUCUAAUCAACCUUAUCCUCAGCAAGGAGGUGGCUAUCCGCCUCAACAACCUUAUGGACAGGCCCCUCCUAUGAACCAAGGAGGAUAUCCUCCACAGCCAUAUGGACAACCACCCAUGAACCAGGGCUAUCCCCCGCAACAUGGACAAUCGCCAUACCCACCUCAAGGUGCUCCUCCCGGUGGCCCACCGCCAGGACAGUAUGGUGCGCCACCGCCUGGACAAUAUGGUUCUGGGCCACCGCCGGGACAAUAUGGCUCUGCGCCGCCAAACCCAGCUUAUGGUGGUUCCGGAUAUGGCCCACCCCAGGGACAGUACGGUGGCGGACCUCCUGCCCCCCCAAGUGCUCCGUCUCCUGGCUAUAUUCCCGGACAGCAGUCACAUAUGGACAUGACGCGAGCAGCUGACGAACUUCGAGCGGCAAUGAAAGGCUUUGGAACAGAUGAGAAGGUGUUGGCACGGGUCAUAGGAUCGUUGGGUCCUCUCGAAAUCAAUGGCGUCAAAUCAGCUUUCGCUGCGAAACAUCGUCGCGAUCUCGUCAAGGAUGUUCAUUCGGAGACGUCAGGUCACUUCCGUGACGGCUUAGAAGCUUGUCUUCGUGGACCAUUGGACCAAGAUUGCCACGAGCUGUACGAGUCUAUCAAGGGCAUGGGUACUAAAGAGAGUGCUAUGAACGAUGUCCUCCUAGGAAGGAGCAAUGCCGACUUGAAUGCCAUCAAGCAGCACUAUCAACACAAGUAUCGGCGUACAGUCGAAGCUGAUGUCAAGGGUGACCUCUCCGCCAAGACUGAACGAAUGUUCGAUAUGGUCAUGGCGGCGCGCAGGAAUGAAGAGUCUGCACCAAUCAUUCCGCAGCAGAUCGAUGCCGAUAUUCAGGACAUCUAUCGUGCCACCGAAGGCAGAGCUGGAACAGAUCAGAUCGUCGUCUGUCAGAUCCUGACAUCCCGAAGUACUGGUCAGCUUCGUGCCAUAGCCACACAGUAUCGCCAAAAGUAUCAUCGAGGACUGGACGAAGUCAUCAAAAAUGAAAUGUCCGGACAUAUGGAACAAACUUUGUGCUACCUUGUCACUGCUGCUGAGGAUCCCGCGAAACAUGACGCGGACCUGCUCGAAGACGCUAUGCGUGGCAUGGGCACGAACGACUCGGCACUGAUCCGUCGUAUCGUAAUGAUUCACUGGAACCCAGAUCGUCUCCAACAAUGCAAAGCUGCCUACCGCCACUUCUACAAGAAGGAUCUUGCUGACAGGAUUCGUUCUGAGACCAGAGGCGAUUACGAGAAGCUGAUGCUGGCAUGUAUCGGCACACCACCAGCUUUUGGGCGUUGA